AUGCAGCGUGAUCUUAUGCUACCAUGCCUACCAGGGUUUACUUUCGAUAAAAACCUUGGUCGAACAAACUUUCCCAGGAAUCAAUAUUUUGCAAAAAUUCACGAUGGAGUCUAUUAUUUGUCAGAAAAACAUGACGAAAGCGAUCCUAUUCGUUAUCCAUCAAUUUAUGCUCGCGGAGAAGUUCAAGAACUACCUCCUUGGAUUGCCUAUGAUGGCCAAAGGUUGAUGUUUAAAGCAUUUUUCCAAGAAACAGUUCACGAAAGAUGGAAAAUAGCUUAUCAAGUACGUGUUGUAAAUAUCAGCUUCUUCUUAGAGGAUGGAACAAUGAAAAUUUCUGAACCCUCUGUGGACAAUAGUGGUCUUGAGCAAGGUGUCCUACUAAAACGUCAAAGAAUUCCAAUGCCUGAUCCAGUGAGGUAUAGGUAUUAUGACAUAAUCGAUUUAAAUAUCGGUAAAGAGCCGGAAAUAUUUGGGAGAGUAUAUAAAAUUGUAGACUGCGACAAAUUCACAAGACGGUUUUUAAAUCGUAUGGGAAUCGCAGUGCCAGACCCGAUAGAAAUACCAAAAGAUCCCCAUUCGGAACUUUACAAAAGAGAAACAUUUCCAAAGAAACCAAGACAAAAAGUCGACACUCUUGGCGAUUUCUUAAAAUAUGACAAACAAGUGCUACGAUUUUACGCUUAUUGGGAUGACACAGACAGUCUUUAUGGUAUCGUGCAUGAUCUUGAAAUUCACUAUUAUCUGACUGACAACACGAUGGAGAUUAAAGAAAACAUACCACCGAAUUCUGGACGAGAUUCUGGCCCUAUGUUCUUGCGACGUAUGAAAGUUCCAAAAAUUUUCAGUGAGAUUGAUCCAAUUGGAGCAGGAAAUCCUUUUACUGUUUUGAAUGUUUUGGGAGAGGAUACAUCUCAUGGUUACUACUCGAUAGAUCCAUUGAAUACUGGAAAAAUUCGUACGGAAUAUUACAAAGAAAACGAGCUUAAUAUUGGUGCACAAUUAAAUAUUUUUGGCAGAAUAAUUGUCAUAACGGAUAUGGAUGCUUUCACAAAGGAAUAUUACAGGAAGAAAUACGGUUUGAACAAUUUUAUACCAAUGGAAAGACCUCGGAGAAACGAUGAGACUUGCGAGAAAAUAGAAAGAUACAUUCCACCGUACAAUGGUUUUGGAUCGUACGAAGAUUCUCUAGGAAAUUGUUUCAGCAUGAUCCCACAACCACCUAAAACAGAUAUGAUGAAAUUUUUGCAAUAUGAUAAGCAAGGUUUUGACAGUCACGUGUUGAGAUUCAGAGCAAAAAUGAUAUCGCAUAUACAGGAAAAUCAAGAUAGACAGUUCAUUAUAAGAGUUUUUCUCAUGGACGAUACAAUCUCCAUUUUCGAACUGGCCAAAAGAAAUUCGGGUUUCGUACGAUGCCUUUUCCAGAAGAGGAUGCCGAUGAUGUUGCCUAAUCAAGAGAUAUUUGCAAGCAAGAAACCAGACUAUUACAAACCGGAGGAUUUCUAUAUCGGUGCACGUCUCAACUUGAACGGUUUUAUCUUCGAAAUUACCUCCGCCGACGUUUAUGCUCUUCGUUACAUGGAGUUACAUUGCGAUAAGUUUGUCAAAGCUAACGUGAAGUCAAUCGUGGAAAAACUGCGGCGAGCAUUGAAACCGGUUUACAAGGAAUUCGUGCAACUCUGCACGCCGGCGAAAUCAAUUGGCGACGAUCUUCAAGUUCUGCCGUAUGAAAAGCUCAGGGAAAUCUUGUUCAAGUACAUGGAAGAUAAAAUAACGGAUCACGAAAUAAUCACAGUCGCUCGACAUUAUUCGUCUCACGAGAAAAAAGAAUUUCACACUCGAGAAUAUGUAAGGCAAUUAAUGCAUACGGAACUAUUGCGAAGUUUGUGGAACGACCUCGAACGUUUAGAGGAGGAUCUACAUCAUUACGACAGAGGAAGAACAGGAUUUUUACCACGCAAUACACUGUACACUAUGCUUCGUGCUGCUAGAAUUCCAGUUGACGUGGAACUUUUAAAUUCCAUGCUUGAUCAUGUUCAUAAGAACGAAGAGGAAAAAUUGGAUUAUAACGACAUGCUGAGAUUUAUGAACAUGAAAGUAGAUCCUCUCCCUUUCGCGCCGCCGAUAAACAUCAAGACGGCACUUUGGUGGGCAUCAGAAAAAGAUCCGGACUGCGGGGCUGGUAUAAUUUGGUGUGAUUUCAUAAAAGAUUUAGGUAUCGUCGACGAAGAAAUGGAUUCAGAUCAAAAAUUGAAGUUGCCAGAAAAGCAGGCCGUAAAACAAGCUAUUGAAUAUUCUUAGAACUUUUAUAGAAUUUUAAUUAUAAUCGACGACCCCACAUAUUUAAAAAUUGCACCAUCUUUC